AUGGCCGCGUGGACGCUUCUUGCGUUGCUGCUUCCGGCGAGACUUGCUGCCCAAGGAGACUACCAGAACUAUAUCAACAAGUAUGCUUCUGGAUAUAUGGGUGGCUCCGGCGGCUCUGGCUACCAGAAGUAUUACCAGCAGUACAUGGACAAGUAUGGCUCUUCCGGAUCAGGUGGCUAUGAUCAGUUCAUGUCAAAGUAUGCCGGUGGCUAUGCAAGCAAGUACAUGUCAGGGGACAAGACAGCAGAAUCUGGCCCCGUUAGUCUCGCCGCUGCGGAUGCAUCGAGCGACAAUGCGGCAGACAAGACCAGCAGUGCCAGCUCUGAGGGAAGCAGCUACCAAAAGUACAUGGACUACUCCAAGUACACCGGAGGCGCGCAGGGUGGUUCGCAGGGUGGUGCCGGCGGUGACUACAAGCAGUACAUGGACUACUCCAAGUACACUCAGGGUCAGGGUGCCCAGGGCGGAGGAGCUUCAGAUUACAAGAAGUACAUGGAGUCCUACAGCGGCGACUACAGCAAGUACAUGAAGGGCCAGGGCUCCCAG